CGUUCGGUGACGUAAUGCCGCAUUGUUACGUCUUCUCCUUUAUCACAGCUUCUCUGAGGGGGAAAACAAAGCCAGUUAACACUGCAUUUGGGUUUCACGCGUCUCUGAUCGCCACCGCGGAGAGCGCCAGUGGAAACAGAUGUUUAAGAUAUGUGGGUGGUUUGAAGGUUCACGAGCUCUCCUGAUGAUCCAUCUGCCUUGACAACUUCAGUACUUUAUAAGGAUGGCUAGUUGUGGAGAGGUCGACCACUCCGUGAGCUCGCUCCCAUCCAGCAAGAAAGGCAGCAGCGGCGCUGGAAGCGGCGGCAGCGCCGACUCCUCCUGCUCCGACCCCAGCGCCUCGUCGCCGGCCCUGUCUGUGCCGGAGUGCGCCAUCUGCCUGCAGAGCUGCGUUCACCCCGUCCAGCUGCCGUGCCACCACGUCUUCUGCUUCCUGUGCGUCAAGGGCGCGUCCUGGCAGAGCAAGCGCUGCGCUCUCUGCAGACAGGAAGUACCGGACGACUUCCUGGAAAGGCCCACGCUCCUCUCCCCGGAGGAGCUGAAGGCGUCGGCGGGAGGCCGCAGCGGGGCGGCAAGCGACCACGCGUGGUACUACGAGGGCCGCAACGGCUGGUGGCAGUACGACGAGAGGACCAGCCGCGAGCUGGAGGACGCCUUCUCCAAGGGGAAGAAGACGGCGGAAAUGCUGAUCGCCGGCUUCCUGUACGUGGCCGACCUGGAGAACAUGGUGCAGUACAGGCGCAACGAGCACGGCCGCAGGCGUAAGAUGAAAAGGGACGUCAUAGAUAUUCCCAAGAAGGGGGUGGCCGGACUGCGGCUGGACGCCGAUUCUGUAGCCGGGGCUCUGGGCUCUGCGGGGCGGGAAAGCUCCGCAGACGGGGCCGACACCACCACGGCGGGGGCUCCGCCGCAGGCAGCCGGUACCCCCGCGGUUGUUCGGGCCCCCUCCGCUGCUGCCCAGCCCGCCGCCUCCCCAAGGGGUGAGCCUGGCCCCAGCACAAGCCCCUCUGUGGAAGAAACUCUCUCCCAGCUGCAGAUCAGCCCCGGGUCCGCUCCUUCUCACAACAGGGCCGAGGGCGGGGAAGGGGAGGGGCAAGACGACGACGAGGAAGAGACGUCACCCUCCAGGUCCUCUGACCCCCACACCUCUGUGGAGGAAUCCGGUUCUGUGGACUGGAGCGAUGACGACGAAGAAGAAGAGGAGGAGGAGGAGGGAGACGGGGAUCACACGGAGCCUUGGGGGGACUGGCCGCGGAGACGGAGACUGACCCCGGAGGACAGGGCGCCUCCUCGGGCGGAGUCCGCCUCUCCCCCUCCGUCGUCCCACAGCAGCGGGCGGUCCAGAAUGCCCGACGGCCAGUGUACGGUGACUGAAGUGUGAAUUUAUCCGCUGCUUUGCUCAGACAGAUCUGAGGUGGGAGGGUCGUUUGGUACCAGAGGGGAGGAGGCGCGUCGCGCUCCUUCACCAACGCCACUGGUUUUCAUUUUUAACCCCUGCAAACAUCUGGAUGUGACUCCUCAGCGUCUCCAGAGGUCCAGCCGGCUGAGCGUCUGGCCUCAGAUUGUGUUGAACGCAUCACACCAGAGGUUUAACGGACUCGCCUGUCUACCCGCUUUACUUUGAACGCGUUUAGGUUUUAUUCCUUUCAGGUCUGAGCCACACUGUGAACUCGCCAACCCGAUUCUCCCGAAUCCAAGCGUCUUUGUUUACAUCUGCCGUCCAGAACCCCCGAAGGCCUCCGUCGGUCUGGGUCAGACCUUUUUUUGUGACAAGUGGGAAUGAAGCGGCCAUUUUAAUGAACGUCACCACGGUGAUGCUGUGGCUAACGCGGGAACCUGAGUCCUCCUCCACUGCAUUAAAUCUGACCGACCGACUCCAUGGUGGUUCCUGACCCAAUCAGCUGGUUUUCUCUGGGACGAUAAUGAAACACUUCCUCCACAGUCCUCACGGUUAACUGAGCCGGGCUUAUUUUAAGGAGCCACUUCAUCCGUUUUUUUGUCUGCAUCAAGGCAGAGAACUAAGACAAAAUCCCAUCAUGCUUCUGAACUACGUCGACGCUAAAACGUGGAGCUUAAUCUUUAACAGCGGGCCCAUUUAAGGGAACGUGUGGCUGCUCGCCUUUUUGAUUUGAUUUCACUAGUUUCAUGAAACCCAAGUUGUUGUGACGAUUAAUAACUGAAUUUGAAGUGAAUGUAAGCAUUAGAGGUUUUUUUGUUUUUUAUUUUAUUGGUGCCCAGCCUUAAGGAAUUUGUCAUUUUAAUGUGAAUUUAUUUUCUUUUUUUUGCUUUAGGAGCAGCAACGCAGCUGCUUUAACGUCCCCGUCUGAACAGUUCUCACGCGUCCACGGUUGGGAGUUUUUAUUUCAACAUUAGGGGUUUGGAGACGUGGUAAUUUUAACUUUUCAGUUCACGUGCGACGUCUAAAAGAACGAGCAGCUCUCGCCGUCUGCCACCCUGGAGCAAUUUCAAGUGACGUUAUUUUUCUAUUAAAUCCUCUGCUUUUAUUUUAUUUUUUGUCGUUUGUUUGGACUAUCCAUUCCGAAUAAUAAAGUAUGUGUAACAGCUAUGGCUUUAGCGUUUUGUUACAUGGUUUGUAAUUUAAGAAUAAACUUUUUCAUUUCAUCCUGCUAA